CUCAGACAUCUUCAAUCAUGGUUCUCAGUGGAGCUCUGAGAGUGGUCCUGCUCUGUCUUCUCUCUCUCUGUCUGAGAGGGGCUGAAGUUCAGCUGGUGAAUGAGGACAAUCUGGUUGAAAUAAUCGAAUACAUUCAGACCCAGUACAGUCCAGAUAAAGGUGGACAGUAUGCAGUGGCCAUCAACAUCCCAAGUCAUCUCUGUACUGGACACUUCGAUUUUCAGGCAUUUCUGGAGGCUCUUAAUGAUGAUCAGCCAAAUAAUGUGAGAAAUGACUUGAGACGUAAUGUAAUCUAUAAUGGGCGACGGAUGAUUGGUGCAACGCUCAUAGAAGAUCCCAACCACAUUGACCGAAAUACAAAUCGACACCCCUUCUUCCACUCUGAGUACCUUCUGCUGAUUAAUUCUAAUCCAUUAGGGGUUCCUCCCAAUGUUCCACUCAUGCAGGACCUCCUGAACAGAGACCCACAAGGCUGUGUGAUCUUCUACACCUACAACUCCCCCUGUACAAGAACCUGCUUAAACGAGAAAAGACCCCGUAACAUCCUCACUGCCCUCAACAUGAUUAGACUCCGCCAAGGCCCAAAAGCUUUCGUCUACAACAAGAUAUUUGAAAGAGAUCAAGGGAACCGUCAACUGGAGGAAAACCUUAGAAAAAUAGAGAGAAACAAUAAUAACAGAUUUCUCUACCGCUGUAACCAAAAUCCUCACGUCAAUAAUACCCACUACACAUGUCGGCUUUGCUUCAGUGGAGGCAGAGCAGCUGAACAAUGCCUGGACCCAAAUUUAUAAUCUGAUGGAUGAUCACUGUGUGUGAAAUCCUGCUGUGCUUAAACUCUGUCGCUCACUCACUGAGAGAGAGUCACUCUUCUGCUCUUCUUCCUGCUCUCAUUGGUCUCUGAUCACUGAUCAUUACCAAUAAAUGAACUCAGCAAACUGCAUUGA